AUGUGGGCGCUGAGCAAGGACUCGGCAGUGCGGGCAGCGCGUGUCGCGCGCGGGGUCGCUGCCGCGCCGGCUCCCCCUGCGGCAGAGGCACAGGCGAGCGGUGCGCGCUGGAUGGCCGCGCAGCCCGGCACGCGCGGCUACUCGCGCGAUCCCGCCGAGGCGGAGCGUUUGGCCGGCACGGUCGCUGGCCAGCGCAGUGAGCGGGCGCGUAUCCACCAGCUGCACGACGGCGACAGCGUGCAAGAGGCACCCCGCCGCCGCCGCAAGUCGAAGUGGUCGCGCGCGUGGCGCGUGUGGAACGAGACGCCCCUGAAGUGGGCGCCGCUGCCGGUGCUACUGGGCGCCGUGGUGCUUGUUGGUGUCCAGGCGCACCGCCAGUGGCAGCGCAACGAGCGCAUUGUGUCCGAGACGUUGGUCGAUGCGACGGGCCAGCCCGUGCGCGUCAAAGGACCGUGGUCGCUCUAUGUGCUCGGCGCGCUUCCGCUCAACACCAUCAGCCGGACGUGGGGCUGGAUGAACAGCCACACGCUCCCGGUGUGGUUCCGCCCGUACGGCUUUAAGCUGUAUGCGUGGGCAUUUGGCUGCAACUUGGACGAGAUGCUCGACCCCGACCUGACGCAUUACGAGAGUCUCGGGCAGUUCUUUUCGCGCGAGCUCAAGCCCGGCGUGCGCCCGCUGGCGAACUCGCUGCUGCUGUCGCCUGCUGACGGCACUGUGCUGCACCUCGGGCGCAUCGAGGGCGACCGCGUGGAGCAGGUCAAGGGCCUGACCUACUCGCUUGACUCGCUCCUCGGCCACAAUGCCCCGGCGCAGUCCAAGGACGAUGUGCCCCUGGAAGGCUUCAAGGACUACGAGAUGGCCGACGAGAAGAAGUUUGCGAAUGUGAACGGUAUCGACUACUCGCUCGAGAAGCUGAUGGGCGACAGCACCAAGCAGCGCAACUCGGUGCGCUCCUACUUCUUGGGCUGGAUGAAGGGCUCGUGGCGGUACGUGCGCGAGACUGCCUCGUCCAUCACCGGUCCCCGCAACCAGACCGAGAGCCGCUUGCAGGCGCGUGCGCGCGACGAUGCCGAAGUCGACGUGGGCGACGCGGGUAUUCCGACCUCGGACACGCCCGAGAACCUCGGGCACUAUGCCAAUGUGGCCUAUGAGAUGGGCUCCGAGGCGAUCCCCUCCUUUACGCAUGGCCAAUCGAUCCGCCCGAACGCGCUGCGCCCCGGGCACCGCCUCUUUUUCUGCGUGAUCUACCUCGCGCCCGGCGACUACCACCGGUUCCACUCGCCGGUGCCGUGGGUGGUCGAGAUGCGGCGGCAUUUCCGUGGCGAGCUGUAUUCCGUCUCGCCGUAUGUGGCCAAGCGUCUCCCGAACCUGUUCCUGCUGAACGAGCGUGUGGCGCUGAUGGGCCGCUGGCGCCACGGCUUCUUUAGCAUGAUCCCGAUCGGCGCGACCAACGUCGGCUCGAUCCGCAUCAACUUUGACCGCAACCUGCGCACGAAUGUGCGUGGCGAGCGCCGGUUUGCCGGCACCUAUGCCGAGGCGACGUACAAUGCCGCGAGCCGCAUCCUCAGUGGCCAGCCGCUGGCGGCCGGCGAGGAGAUGGGCGGCUUCCUGCUCGGGAGCACGAUUGUGCUCGUGUUCGAAGCCCCCGACGACUUCCACUUCCACUUCAAGGCCGGACAAAAGAUCAAGGUCGGCGAGGCGCUCGGCGACGUGAACGAGAACAAAUAG